GGCUGCCCAGAAGUGACAGUAAAUGCUUUAAAAAAUAAAUCAAGAGAUGAAUGCCUUCCAGCCAAAAAUGUAAAGAAAGCCAGAAAGUCUGAAGUCAACUAUUGUCCAUUGAACCCUGUUGGAGAAACAGAUGAAAGCCUAGAAAAUGUGAGAGUUGAACUUUUGAAUGAUGUCCGGCAACGGAACAGUACAUCAUGUGUACGAGAGAAAAUGUCAAGAACAUUCUCCUACAGAAGAAAAGAGGUGGUGCAGGGAAAUCCAGCCGUUGAAGAGUUUAAAGCCAGGUGGCCUGCACUUUUCCACAUUGAUGGGAUAAAUGCUGAAUUUCAGCGCAUAACAACGAUCCCACUUGAGACAACCUUCAUGGCACGGCUGGAUAGUUACACACCUCUGCUGACAUCUGUGUUUGCAAAGAAGGGAGGUGUUUCUGGACAGAACCUAGCAAAACAUCUGGAGAUCUUGCAAAAAGCUACAAGUGACGCCAACUGCAAAAGGGAAGCUGUCCUCAAAACAUUGUGCCUCUACCUUGGUGAAGAUCCUGGACAGCUAAUUCGGGAGUACAUGGACAUCGAAGGAGACGAUAUCCUCAGAGACAUGCAGAGGAACUCCAUGGCUGUAUAUGUCAUCAACAAGGAAGGUGGAGAGCCUUGGAAUUUUGAUGACAUAGGCAUUUAUCUUGAAGGAGUGAUCAUCCUGGACAAUAUUGGCUCUGUAGAGCAAGCUUGCGCAUUGCUUCUGGGAGUCAUCUAUGCACUGAACUUGUCUUACCCCAAGGAGCUGAAAUACUACUAUGAGUUCAUUCAGAAAGUCCUCAUGCAAAUGGAGGGUGGAAAACUUUCCGCCAGAGUUCUUGGACUGAAGAACAAAAUCUGUGUCUUGUAG